AUGGAAAACUCCUCUCCAUCCAUAGGAACCAUUAUGGAUCGGAUCCAAAGCUUCAAUGCAUUGACCCACAAUAUUAGAGAGUGUUUCUUGGACAUGGGCUCGUUUCGUAAAGACCAGAAGAUAAUUGCCUCCACAUUAAUAGACUUAUGGUCUGGAUUAUACAGCAAAGAGAACAUCAUCUGCAUGAAUUACCUCCAAGACCUUGCCUCCCACAAUCUCCUUAAGCUUCUUCCUCUGGGGAAAAAUGAGUAUGAAGAUGGUUUCUUCAAUGAGCUCUUGGUCAAACAAGACAAUAUCUUUAGAGAAUUUGCUAUAAAUCAAUGCGACAAAGAGUCGUUUUCAAUCCUCCAAAGGAAAAGAUUAAACUUGGAUAUACAAGAGAACAAAUUCCCAAACUGGUGUUUAAAUCUAAAACGGCCUGUUAUUAUUAAUGCCUCUCUCUUGUCUAUCUCUACUGAUGAUUCAUUUUCAUCAGUUUGGGUUGAAAUGGAUUGUCCAAAUGUUGAAGCUUUAGUUCUUAAUCUCUCUUCAUCAAACUACGCAUUACCAAACUUCAUUGCUACUAUGAAGAAACUGAAGGUUGUGGUGAUCAUAAAUCACGGUCUUGAACCUACAAAGUUGACCAAUUUAUCGUGCCUGAGCUCAUUACCGAACCUGAGAAGGAUCAGAUUAGAGAAAGCUUCAAUCACGUUGUUUGACAUUCCCAAACUUCAGCUCAAUAGUCUUGAAAAGCUAUCUUUAUGGUUGUGUCAUGUCGAUGAGGUUCUCAAAGAGUUAGAAAUUGAUAUUCCUGAAACGCUACAAAGUUUACAGGAAAUAGAUAUUGAUUACUGUUAUAAUCUUGUUGAAUUACCUAACUGGAUUUCUCAAGUUGUUUCAUUGAGGAAGCUUAGCAUCACAAAUUGUAACAAGCUUGGCAGACUCUUAGAAGCUAUAGGCAAGUUGAGGAACCUUGAAAUGCUGAGACUGAGUUCUUGCAGUAAUCUCUUUGAGCUUCCUGAAACGAUCGGGAGACUCAGCAACUUGUGGUUUCUAGAUGUUUCUGGAUGCUUCCAACUGAAAAAGUUGCCUCUAGAGAUUGGAAAGUUGCAGAAACUGAGGAAGAUUUCGAUGAGAGAUUGUUAUCGAUGCGAGUUGCCAGAUUCAGUGAAUAAUCUAGAGAAUCUAGAGGUGAAAUGCGACGAAGGGACUGUGUUCUUAUGGGAAAGAUUCAAACCAAAAAUGAAGAAUCUGACGAUCACAGAGGAGGAAACAGAACAUAACCUGAACUUGCUUCAACUGUUCUGAAGUAUAUUUGAUUUGUGUGUGA